UGCGGACUUGACACCGUCCUGGUUCAUCGACUGAAAAGUGUUGCUGUGCAAAAUCUAGCUGCAAGCUUAGCAGGAGAUCUGUCAGUCCGAGUAACGAGUCAGUGUCUCGGAGACACAGGACCUUCGCUGUAGUCGUGAGGCUACUAUCCGCUACGAUGACAGAGCUACGGCACCGUGGAGCCAAAGACACCGACCCGACGUUACAACCGUCAGAGGACAAGGGUUCAGACAGCGAGCUGAAGGUGGAGAAAGAUGGAGCCUCAGAUGGAGAGUCCAAGGUGGACACAGUCCCAAAGGUUCCAGUCUGUGCUGAUGACACCCCCGUGGUUUUAAACAAAGCCCUGUCUGGACUCUCCUCAAGAUGGAGGAACUGGUGGGUCCGGGGGAUCCUCACACUUGCCAUGAUCUCCUUCUUCUUCAUCAUCAUCUACCUGGGCCCCAUGGUGCUCAUGAUGAUUGUCCUUUGUGUUCAGAUAAAAUGCUUCCAGGAAAUCAUCACCAUCGGCUACAAUGUGUAUCACUCCUACCACCUGCCCUGGUUCAGGACGCUGAGCUGGUACUUCCUGCUGUGCGUCAACUACUUCUUCUAUGGUGAAACUGUGACGGACUACUUCUUCACGCUGGUGCAAAGGGAGGAGCCGCUUCGCAUCCUCAGCAAAUACCACCGCUUUAUAUCCUUCGCCCUCUACCUCACAGGUUUCUGCAUGUUUGUGCUGAGUUUGGUGAAGAAGCACUACCGCCUUCAGUUCUACAUGUUUGGUUGGACUCAUGUGACUCUGCUGAUCGUGGUGACGCAGUCUCACCUCAUCAUUCACAACCUGUUCGAGGGGAUGAUCUGGUUCAUCGUGCCGAUAUCCUGCGUGAUCUGUAACGACAUCAUGGCCUACAUGUUUGGCUUCUUCUUCGGCCGCACCCCUCUCAUCAAGCUGUCGCCUAAGAAGACGUGGGAGGGAUUCAUCGGAGGCCUGUUCUCCACCAUUGUGUUUGGCAUCAUGCUCUCCUACGUGAUGGCCGGCUGGCGCUACUUUGUGUGUCCGGUGGAAUUCAACAACGACUCCAAUAGUUUCCAGGUCGACUGUGAGCCAUCGGAGCUCUUCCAGCUCCAGGACUACAUCCUGCCCGCCAUGCUGCAGUCUUUCACUGGAUGGACCACAGUGCGUCUCUACCCGUUCCAGAUCCACAGCAUCGCUCUCUCCUCCUUUGCCUCCAUCAUGGGACCUUUCGGAGGCUUCUUCGCCAGCGGCUUCAAAAGAGCCUUUAAGAUCAAGGAUUUUGCCAACACUAUCCCGGGUCACGGUGGCAUCAUGGACAGAUUCGACUGCCAGUACCUCAUGGCCACGUUUGUUAACGUCUACAUAGCCAGCUUCAUCAGGGGCCCUCACCCCAGCAGGGUGAUCCUGCAGCUCCUGGCGCUGCGUAUCGAUCAGCAGCUCCACAUCUUCAACUCGCUGAAGGCUCACCUGACGGAGAAGGGGCUGCUGCCGGUGCUGGAGGAGGCCGCCGCCUAGAGCCCUCCCACACCGGCCCCUGAGAGGGAGACCAGAGAGGAGGGCGGCGCCCCGAGGGCCCCGAGCAGCCCCCGGAAAUCUGGGAGACUGCCAGUACUUUGUGUGAGCGAGAAGAAACCACAUCAGAGAAAAAAUACAAAAACCUUCAGCCUUCAUUCCCUUUUGUGUGUGUGUGUGUGUGUGUGUGUGUGUGUGUGUGUGUGUGUGUGUGUGUGUGUGUGUGUGUGUGUGUGUUUUCAUGCAGUCUGUGAAUCAGUGAAUUACUGUUAAACAUUUCCGUUACAGCCGACGUGUUUCUAGUAACACUGUGGAACCAAAGGUUUCAGCUCGACAGGAAAUCCUCUAUAAACUUAUUAACGUGUGGUUUUAGUUUUAAUGCACUGCUCUCACCGUGUUGUUACCCCAGCUGCCCCCCCCCCACACACACACACACACAGAUUUUAAUUUACUCUGUUGUGAUUGUUUAUAUUUAUACAUAGAUGUUUUUAUAUUUGGUAUGUUCUAUUAUAAAUGUCGUGUCUGUUCUGCUCAGACAUCAGCGCGUGUGUUGAAGCGUCUCCUGCGUUGUUUCUGCAGUUCAUUUCAAAAAAGCCAUUUUCUCAUAUUAUCAAGCGGCGACGUCCCGAGUGGAAGUUUCACCGGAUCCGUUAGAAUCAAGUCCGAGUUGAGAUGGUUUGUUGUAAGGCACGGUUAGAAAUUAUACAAAAAUAGCGUUUUAUUUUGAAGGCCAGUGCGACAGAUACCAGCAUCCCUUUCAGAAUAAUGGUCACAAUCUUUCAGAGAAGCUUUUUGAUUGGUUGGUUGUGUGUUUAUAGUUGUUACACAUGAGGAAGGUGGAUUGUUGCAUUAUGGAUCCUGAUUGUGACACAAUAUCUGCUUCUGUGUGUUGGAACCUCAUCAGGUUGGCAGCUUCAGAGCAGAUGCAUGCAGGUGUGUGUGUGUGUGUAUAUAUAUAUAUAUAUAUAUAUAUAUACACACACACACACACACACACACAUAUACAUGUAUCACUGGUGGACCGGACCUGCUUCUGAUGUUCAGGUUGUUUACCAAUACAAGUCGUAUUCUGUGAGAUGUGGUUAAAAUAUAAAAGUUAAUUUCUGUUUUGUUUUUGGGAGACUCCCCAGAUGAACAGGGUAAACAUUUACUUUGCAUUUCCUGCAUUAAGUUGACUGACUUAAGUUAUAACGACUUAAAUACAACAAAUGUACUUUCAGGGCGCGAAGAUGGAAUGUUUGUAAGACUUUUGGCUGAUAUUGUUUAGGAAAGUAAAUGAAAUGCAGCUUGUACUUUAAAUUUCCCAAAGAAGUGAAGAUGCUGAUUUAAUCCAACUCUUGACAAAUAUGACUUUUGAUUCCCAAACUCCUCCUCGCUUCGGACUGUCACAUUCAUCCUUUUACUUUCUAUCCAAUCAGGAACAUAAUAAUGCAACAGUUCUCGAUGUAACGUGAGCAGCAAUAUGAACAAUCAUUCAGCAGUCAGUGUAGCAGGAUGUGAGGGUCGGUAUCUAACUGGUAAUCAUAUAAAACUAUUAUGUGUUCAGGUAACGACUGCUUCACUUUUGGAAAUAGUUUGACACCUUAAAUUUCCUCAUCGGAUUCUGUCCUCAAAAACUUCUAUAUAUUUUUAAGCAAAGGACUUUUUCUAACUCCAAAUUUAGCUUAUUAUGGCAAUCAAUUCCUGAGAGUUCAGAUGGAACCACUGUAUAAACGCUUUACAUGUUUCUGCCGAUUUGAAUGUUGCACCGUUCAUGUUUUUAUUGACGUCAUUUCAUGUGUUAACUUCUUAAAGUAUUUAUUUUAUUUACUGUGAGAAAAACUUUUUCAAAGUUACUAUAUUGUACAUUUAAGAAGAUGUUUAGAAACAUGUUGAGUGUUCUUUAGUAUUUUUGGUUAGCGGAAUAUUUAAAGUAUUAUUAUUAUUGCCAUAUAGGAGAGUAUUGCGAUGGAGGGAAAGUAUUUAGUCUUCUUGCUGUGACUUCAGUGCAGUUGUGUGUUUCCUCGUCUCGUGAAGAUGACUGCAGACUGCUGUCUUUAUAUUUCUGCCCUGCAGCCCAGUACUGCAUUCUCUGUUAGCGCCACUAGAGGGCGCUGCAGCUCAGUACUGCAUUCUCUGUUAGCGCCACUAGAGGACGCUGCAGCCCAGUACUGCAUUCUCUGUUUCCGCCACUAGAGGGCGCUGCAGCCCAGUACUGCAUUCUGUUUCCGCCACUAGAGGGCGCUGCAGCUCAGUACUGCAUUCUCUGUUUCCGCCACUAGAGGGCGCUGCAGCCCAGUACGGCAUUCUCUGUUACCGCCACUAGAGGGCGCUGCAGCCCUGUACUGCAUUCUCUGUUACCGCCACUAGAGGGCGCUGCAGCUCAGUACUGCAUUCUCUGUUUACCGCCACUAGAGGGCGCUGCAGCCCUGUACUGCAUUCUCUGUUACCGCCACUAGAGGGCGCUGCAGCUCCUCAAGUUUGUUACUGCUGUUAAAUACAUUCCAGGACUCAUAGAUUUGCUCACAGGAAGAAACAGAUACCACUAUUAAAAAAAAAAGAUUGUUUUUUUGUUUCAUGGCAACAGGAAACACCUCUGUGCCGUUUUUAAUGAACACAGUGCCCUCGUGUGAAAGGAAUGUACGUCCCACAUGCUGUGUACACCCCUUUGUGGACAUUUUACUUUGUGCUUAUAGAUUUCUCUUAUAAAGCUGUAUGAUUUCUGUAUAUUCUUAAAACUGUGCAAUGGUUUGUGUUGAGUUGUACAUUUCUGUCUAGAGAAAAGUUGUACUCUUUGAUGCUGAAAUGUGCUUUGCCUUAGUUCAAAGAAAAUUAAAGGUAUAUCAAAAGUG